AUGCAGUGUGUUCAGCGAAGAGAGAACAUCACUCUUGUCCACCGAGGCGUCCACGCCGAGGCGCAUCUCGAGCCCAUCCUGAUCGCCUUUCUCCAGGCAGUCCGAUCGUCAGCGGAGUACGGAAUGCAAGUGGCCGCCGAUGAAAUCGCGAAGGAGAAGCAGAUGCAGCGACUUCUGCAGAUGAACGUGAACGCGGGCGAGGUGGAUGCGACGGAGGCACGUGGAACAAAGGUGCACGAGCGCGACAUCGCGAGACAGGGUGGGGGCAGCGUGAAACUGUCAAAGGAACUGCGUAGGAAGAUCGCCAAGUUGCGACAGGAAUACCACUACGUGCACCCCGCCGACAGGCAGGCAGCGGCAGCGAACCGCUACGGGCUCAUCUCAGCCGCUCACAAUGACCUCCUGAAGCCGCCUCACAUUGACUCGUCUUUACUGAUGCCGCAGGCGUUCGCGGCGUCUCCCCCGGCGAAUCGCCCUACGCGGGCAUCUAUGGCUGCCUCACUGAUGGCGGUCAAGAACGCACGCAGCCAUACUGCCCUCUUCAAUCAGUUGCAGCGCCGCAACACUACAAGGCUGCUGUCCGAUCUGCGGGAUCAGGAGUCGGACGACGACUGCGAGCCCAUUCGCGGAAACGGCUGGGGCGACAGGAUCACUCUCUACACCUUCGACGGCGUGUCGUCCGUGAUGGCGCUGCCGGGAAUUCCCAACUUCGAGGAGGUGAUUCGCGAGUUGGCACUCGACUUUUGGGUUCGCACGGACUUAAAGCCGGGUGACGGCAAACGAGUGCUGAUACAGAUCAUGGAAGGUCAGCGCGACGACGUCGGCCAGCUGUUUCAGCUGAGCCUCAACUGGUACGAGGACAUGCCAGACUCCAUCCGAGUCAUCAUUCGCGACUCUGCCAACCGUGUACUGGAGGCGGUGGCAUCUGUGGCGAAGACAGACCUUACCGACGGCACCAAGUUCCACCAUUUGAUGCUGCGCGUUCACAGUUUAGAGGAAGGACAGUUGUCGUGCGAGGUGGACGGGCGGUCCAUUGACAUUCAGCUCAUUCAGCAAGAGCACCCCAUCGCCUUCAACCCGUGGUCGCAUCGCCUCUUCGUGGGCGGUUACCUUGACGAGGUGAACGCGCCAUCCUUGGUGUUUCGUGGGGUCAUUGCAGAGCUGCGGUUCUGGUCAGGCGUCUUUCCUUCGCACCCCAUUGUCCGGUGGCCGCUCUUUGCCGUCGAGAACGGGACGCUCCAGGAAGUGACGCGCACGAUUCCUGCUGACCAUCACGAGACACUGUUGAACCUGCGCGCUGUGGAGGAGCCGUCACCGCGCAGCGCUCCGUCGUUUGACGGCAGCCUAGUCAUGAACGUCGGAACGCUGCCGCUUUUUGGCCCGCUCAUGCACAACUGGCGAAUCGAGUUGUGCUUCCGCACCGACGUCUCGUCGCGCAUGAUGACGCUCUUGGGUGUGACGGAUAGGAACUUCCAAAUGCAAGAGUUCGGCAUCGUGCUUAACUCGGAACCGGUCAUUACAAAGGAGCGGCUGCGCUACCACGAGCUGCACACGACCUUCUACGUUGUAGACGCGUUCGGGGCCUGCUGCUCUGCGCUACUCCGCGGUACCGAGCGGCAGAACUUGAUGGAUGGCGAGUGGCACAAGCUCGUGUGGAGGUGCAUCGACAGUGAGGCAAACAAGUUCAGUGUCAAGGUGGAUGAUGUGCUGCAGGAUCUGCUCUUCGUGUCGAGGGAGGGCCCGACGCGGUUCGUGAGCUACGACAACUGGAUCGCGGUCGGCGGCCACAACGUACGCAACUGGAAGAUCCAACGCCCUUUCACUGGCCAGAUCGACCACUUCUACCUCUCCUUGCGCGGGUAUCCCUACGUGACUCUGGAGAUGAACGAGGGCCCCGGCGCUUACGUGCUGCAGGACCGCUCUCAUCACCACAACCACGGGCUGCUCAUCAACUCCGCGACGAACGUCGUGCGCCGCAACGACGUGGUGUGGACUCCGGGCCCCGCCGACAAGUCUGAAGACCUCGAUCACGACGCCUUGCCUGAAAUGCGGAUCUUUAAGAGCAACAAUGUUUCCGUUGCAGCGGUGGUGUUCACGUGCACGUUCGACGAGGAGAGUACGGCGCACGAGACGCUGUACGACGUGCUGUCGGGGAAGUUCCACGAACUGGAGCGCACACCGCACAUUCUCGCCGAACACACACAGGCGCUGUGGAGGUCGUGGUACGGACUUCCUGCGGAGUGCUACCACGCAUUCGACAGUGUAACGCGGCUGGAGGAGUCCAUCAACACAGUACUGAGGGCAACUGCGCCACGGGGGCACCUGCUGAUUACCGUGCGCAUCGGUGACUGUCUUGCUUCCGUACUUCACAUCCGCGAGCCGGAGCUGCCGGCUGACGCGGUGUACGACUGCAACAUGCUCAGGUGGCACUAUCCGUACAUGGUCGAGGGAAUGCGGGGCCGGCGCGAGCUCAUGCUGAAUCGCAUGAUUGAAGGUGCGGAGUCGGUGCUCCUGAGCGACACGCUGAAGCCAUACGUUACCGCCAAGUUGGGACCUCUGAAUUCCGGACCCAGGUCCGUACUCAGCGACGACAUCAUUCGCAGCCUGCAGAACAGCGGACGACCGUGGUUCUUGCCUGCGGUGCUUCACGCGCAUCUGUUGAAUGCCGAGUUCGGCUCGACGCUGCAUCUGAUUCAGCGUGUCCGCCCGCAUAUGUCGGCGAAGGAAGCGGCAGCUGUCUCUCUCUUCAACAAGAAGCUGUUUGACGGCGUGCGCGAGAACGCUGCUCUGCUGAUUCAGCGGAACUGGCGUGGUUGUCUAGGGAAGCGUGAGGCGGCGCGGCGAAGCGAGCAGCGCAGCUUGAACGACCGGAAGGUCGAGGAAAUCCGCGCGGUUCGUAUGAAUGCGGCCGUCAAGACGAAGGGGUCGCUAUGCGCGCUGCUCAUUACACUGUACAAUCCGCGGUGUCCUGGCGUGCCGGCCAUCGACGGCGACACAGGGCCGCUCGAGGAGGCGCUCCGAAAGCAAGGCUACGAGGUGACAACACUGGAGGACCCCGACAUGGCAACGAUGCUACGUGCCGUCUCGCAGAUAGAUACGACGAAGUCCAACUUCAUCUACGUCAGCGGCUACGGUGGUGCACUGAGUCUUCGGCAGCCACCGAUCUUUGGGUUCGAGUCGUUGGCAGUUUCCAUCGAGGAGCAGGCCCAGCGGGCAACCUUGGAAGGCGACGAAAGCGGCGCGUUCCGUCAGCUAAUGGCGCAAAUGGAGGCGGAGAAGGCCAUGGUGCCGGUCAAGAAGCGGAAGAAAAAGGCGAAGAAGACUUCUGCGCCUGCUCGGCCGAAGAAGAAGACGGCCGAGGAGGCCGAGCUCGAGCAGCGUCAAUUUGAGAGUGCGCUACGCUCCCACUGCCAACAAAAGGAGCAGGAGGAGUUGUGUGCUCGGGACAACCUUGUUGGCGAGUGGGAAACGGUGAACCAGUCGCUGUCGCGUGAGCUGCGACGCGCCAUAGCCGUCACACGGGAGUACGAGGAACGCUACAGAGCGAAGGGGCCUGAAGGCGACGCACAGAACUACGUGUACUCGUGCGAGUCGCAGAUGAUUGAGCCCUUCGCCACGACGGUGGUGGACGUGGAGGAUGUCAUCCGGGCUGCACUCCACCGACAGGCUCCACCACCAGGCCUGCAAUGCGUCGUCGCCGUUGACCUCCAACCGGUGACGCCGUACGCGUGUGGUAUGGCGUGCCUAGCCAGCAGUACCGGAAACACGUUCCGGGUGCCUUACCGACUGCAGCAACGCGAGCUUCUGUCACUGAUCCUCGUCAAAGCCUUUAAUGGGCAGCUGCCAACGGUGCCGGCCACGUUCAAGUAUUCUAUUCUCUCCGGUGGCAUUGAAACGGCUGCGAAUGAGCGGGACUGGAAGUCAUUUGCGUCGUAUGUGGUGGGGAAGCUGCAACGCUACUGCUCCCCCGAGCGCUGCCGGGCACUGCGUGACGAGCUAGACCGGCAUGUUCCCUUUGUCGCGGAGCUGGUGCCUGUGCGCGACAUUGUCAUGGAUGCUGAGGCGAGGGAUCGUCGGCGCCGCGAACGGGAUACGCAGAAGGUGAACGCGCAAGUGACAUUUGGCGUUGGUAGCGCGAAGGUGCAGAGCGAUAUGUUUUCCCUCUUUCGUGACUUCCUGGAGGGUGUUACAGUUAGCGAUCUUGCCUUUGCCAACACAAUUUGCAUUCUCUUAGCGCAUCAAAACAAAGGGAUUGAUGGCAUUCAGAUCGAGGAUGUCACUGAUGCGCUGGAGAAGUGCCGCCCGUCCGCGUGCACGUUGACGAUUGAGGUGCGAGUGACUGCCGGUGGUGUGGAGGUGCAGUUCAAGGUGUCCGACGCAGGGGAGAGGCUUCUCCUUAGUCAGUGGCUCAAUGCGCUCUCCAUGCGCAGUCUGACGUGGCAGUUCCGCCAGCGGCCGCUCUUUGGAGCCGCGAGGCUGGAGGUGGACUACAUCGAGCACCUGUACGAUGCCAAGAUUUCGUGUAGUGCGCGCCGCUACCGGCAGCUGUGCAAGCAGUUCGACGCGGUCCCUGUGCCGAAACCGUACGUUCGCUUCGUGCGAACCCGCGUGCUGAAGUCGCCGAAGCAGAAGUGA